GCAUCUCUUCAUCAUCUGAAUAAAACAAACAACAGGUAUCCAAUUUUAACAUGUACACCAUAUGUUGUGUACUUUACGUAUUACUGAUAUACUGUGUUUGCUGGCUUCCUGCUAUCUAAUCUCUCUCGUGUAGUUUUAAGAGAUAAGAUGGGGAGGGUGUUCCGAGAACAAAAGUGACUGAAGUUUAGCUGGUAAGGUGACUCAACGUGGAAAGAAGUCUGACAACAUUCGUAAUGUACUCACUUCUCUUCUUGUAAUUUUUUGAGUGCUCCGAUCAAAUGUUUUCAGCUGAAUGUUUGGUCUUAAUGAAUGAAGAAAUGUAUUGACUGUAAACAAAAUAUGUGCACUGUUUAUGCAGAAAUUCCAGCUAGCAUUAUCAGGAAGCCUUCAAAACAAAGUAACACGAAAGAGAACGUACUCAAAGUAGUGCUCAUCCGAGGACAUGCAAAGUGGUCAAACUCAGUUUUGAGUUUUUAGUUGAAGAUUCUGUACGGGUCAGCAUUUCUGACUUCAAACCCUGGGGUCGUGGGUUCGAGUGCCUCUUCAGACAUUGGUGUCUCUAGAACUAGUCUGCAAGCAAUCACCCUCCAAGCCGCCCAAUGUAAGGUGGUGAUGUUCAAAUGUUUGGAAGAAAAUAUUCUAGGUGCAUGGUCACCACAACUAGUUGUAGUUCUACGUCACCACACUACAAGCACUGCCGUUGCCAUGUGUGUUCAAAGGCAAGUAACUCGAUAACUAAUAUGUGAUACACUAAUUUAGUGUUAAUGCUAGUACAGUACAAUUACAGAUUAGUUUCUUUAAAACUUAUAUAAACCUGGAAAUACAGUUUCUUGUAGUGUUAAGAGCGUUAAUGUGUGCAAUGUGCAAUUGACGUAUCCGCAUCCACGACACAUCACCACGCCCAAUUGCUCAGUGACGACAUAGAAGGGCAAUUCUGUUACACCACUCUUCUUCGUUACGCUCUGAUUGCACAUUCGCCCCGACUCGACCCUACAGGCUGGUCUGGCACCAGGGUACAGCUCCGGCCAUGAGCGAGUACGCCAGCGAGCUGCGGCUGGCAGUGCUGUACCUCGCGGGGGCCCUGCUUGCCGUGGUGGCGACCGUGAGCGCCGCCGUGCCCUCCCUGCACUGGCGCGAGAUCCUCGACAACUGCGUCGACGCGCGGUGCGGCUGUGUGCUGCACGGCGCCUACACGGUCGUCUACUUCAACGGCGGCCGGAACGCCAUCUGCCACUUCGCGGUGUUGGCGUCCCUGCCGGCGGCCGUGGUCGGGCUCGUCAUGUCCGGGUACCACGGCUACAGGGUCUGCAUCUCGGCCCACAAGACCAGCGGCCGGAGCGCGGGCUACAGGAACGGACGCCCGGCGACGGCCCAGCCCGCCAGCAGAGAGCCGAAGGUGAAGCCCCCUGCCUGCCGCUGCUGGGUCCUGCUGGCCGUGUUGGCAGCCCUGAACACUCUGCUGCUGUUCGCGGUGGCGGUGACGCUCAGCCACGGCUACCACACCACGUGCAGCCAGUACCGCCACCAGCUAGCCAGGACGCUGCCUGCCGUGGGGCUGUCGGCACGGGCCGUGCACGAGCGCCUGCCGUGCUCCGCCGUGCUCGACUUCAUGGACUUCCUGGAGCCCACGACGCGGCCCUUCCGGCGGCGCCACGACGUGGACUACUCUCGUCCGCACGAGGAGGUGGGCCCCUCUCGCGGCGGCUUCAUCCACACCGCCACCGCCCUGCUGCUGGCCGCCUGCAGUGCCUGGGCCAACACCGCCGUGUGGGCGCUGGUCACCGCGCUCAACGUCGCGCUGGAGCGGCUCGCCAGGACCAACUGACCACCUGCUAGCCCACUCGGCCAGUCAACAUGCUGGUGCCCAGACGCACUCAGUCAACAUGCUGGUGCUGAGAUGCACUCAGUCAACAUGCUGGUGCCCAGACGCACUCAGUCAACAUGCUGGUGCUGAGAUGCACUCAGUCAACAUGCUGGUGCCCAGACGCACUCAGUCAACAUGCUGGUGCCCAGUCGCACUCAGCCGGUGCCCAGACGCACUCAGCCAGUCAACAUGCUGGUGCCCAGACGCACUCAGUCAACAUGCUGGUGCCCAGACGCACUCAGCCAACAUGCUGGUGCCCAGACGCACUCAGUCAACAUGCUGGUGCCCAGUCGCACUCAGCCGGUGCCCAGAUGCACUCAGCCAGUCAACAUGCUGGUGCCCAGACGCACUCAGUCAACAUGCUGGUGCUAUGACUAGGAGUGGAAAAAGCAAUUACGUUUCUCUUCAUCACGAGUGUUGUGCUUUCAUUAGGGUCUCUUAACUAUGAUGCUACAACCUUGUAUAAUUUGCAGCAGUUGGUAUUACUGAUGCUCUGAUUUUGUUAACUCUUGGAAGCCUUGUGGUCUAGUUUCCAUGGCAACACACCAAUCGGCUGAUCAACAUCCACAAAAGACUCUUUAAUGAUUUGUAAAACAAUAUCAGCAUUACCAGUUUUAAAAAAGUGCAAAUGUGUAA